AUGAAUCCCCCGUUCUCGAAGCAGCCGCUGUCCGAGACCGCGCUGGAUCCGCCUCCCCCGGACCUGUCGCAGCUGCGAGAUCGCCGGCGGGAGAAGCCGUUGCUGCCAUGCACCUUUUGCAGGAGUCGCAAAGUGCGAUGUGAUCGCCAGCUUCCGUGCAAAACCUGCACCAGCAGGGGAAUCGGCCAUUCCUGCACCUACUGGUCAGGGCCGCGCAGGGGCAAGGUCAGCGUCGGUGAUCGUAUCCAGCAGCUGGAGACACUCGUGCGCUCCCUGCUCCAGCAGCAGCAGCAGCAGACGUCGCAAACGCCCGCUCUGCAUCCCGAGGGCCUCGUCCCGGAUGCAGCACAGUCCUUCCAGGGCACUCCUGGCGCAUCACCGCAGGGCACAUGUGUAUCGGCGACCCCACUGGCGUCGGUGGAUGAGGGCACGCUCAUUCCGAGCCUCAGGCGCGCGUCGUUGUCCCACAGCAGGGACCAUGCAGUGUCCCCCGCGCCCUCGGACACCGGCAGCAUCCAUUUACACUCGCAUGGCGCCAACUACGUCGGGAGCGUCCACUGGGCCGCCGUCCUCGACAGCAUCUCAGAGCUCCGGGACCACUACGAACAAGAAGAGGAGGCCCGCAUGCGGGCCACCAGCGACAAUGCGCUACGCCACAGCCGCCAUCCUCGUCUGCUGUACGAGCCCGUACAGGCCACGAAGGCCGAUCUGCUUUCAUCCAUCCCAGCGCGGCCCGUGGUGGACCGUAUGCUCGCACGGUACUUCAAUGCACAGGGUCUCGUACCGGAGAUCCUUCAUCGUGGCCAUUUUCUCCGAGAGUAUGAGAGGUUCUGGCAGGAGCCGAACGAGGCGCCGUUUGUCUGGAUUGGCGUCUUGUUCAGCAUCAUGUGCCUUUCGACGCAGUACCAGCAGUUCAUCGAAGACCCGGCAGAUCCAGAAACUGCAGUACGCGUGCAUCUGUACCGGGAACGGACCGUCCACUGUCUCGUCCUAGGCCAGUACACCAGGGGCGGCGACUACGUGCUGGAAACGUUAAUCAACUACCUCGCCAGUGAGAUGUUUCUGUCCAAGGACACCGAGAUUGGCGUCUGGCUGGUGCAAGGCAUGCUCGUGCAGCUCGCGCUGGGUCGGGGAUACCAUCGGGACCCCCAGAACUUCUCGAACAUCUCGCCGUUUGCCGGCGAGAUGCGGCGGCGCGUAUGGGCCAUCAUCCUGCAGAUGGACCUGCGUCUUUCGAGCCAGAUGGCGCUGCCACGCUUGCUCAAGCGGCAGCAGUACGACACGCUUGAGCCUCGCAACCUGCUGGACACAGAUUUCGACGAGGAUACCGUCGAGCUCCCCCCUUCGCGUCCUCAGACGGAGGUAACUCCCGUCCUCUACAGCCUCGCCAGGACUAGGAUAGAUAAGAUGAAUGGACUCGUCAGUGAUCUCGUCAACGACACCCAGGAGCACCCGUACACGGAGAUCAUGGAGCUAGACCGGAAGGUACAAGAGGCAGAGGCCUCACUGCCGCCCAUCUUCCGGUGGCAGCCUCUCAGUCAGUCGUUCAUGGUACUCCCGCAGAUCGUCAUGCACCGCGUGUUGCUCCAACUGGCCGUCCAGCGGCUUACUAUCUGGCUGCACCGGAAGUAUCUCUCUCCAACCUAUGCUCACACACACUACAAGUACUCCCGAAACGCCUGCGUCCAGGCUGCCAUCAAGAUUCUCGAAUUCCAACAAACAGUCGACGAGGAGACGCGGCGCGACGGGCUUCUGUAUCCCGUGCGAUGGAUGUUCAUGUCGUCGCGGCUGCAGGCUGUCUUCCUCCUGGGCAUCAGCAUUCUCUGCUACUACGUGCAACUGGUCAAGACCCGGCCCGACGUAUCCCUGGACCAGGACACGGGCGCUCGGAUUCACAACCUGCUGAGCAAUACGUAUCCUCUAUGGGUGCGCCUAAGCACUGUGUCCCGUGAGGCCCGACGAGCAGUCGAGCAUCUGAGUCUCUUCCUGGGACUGCGCAAGGAACAAGAGUCCGGCACAUCGCUCGCUGCUACGACCACUACGGCGGCUACCUCUUUUCCCGCUACCAUGCCCCUGGAAGCGUUCGUGCCGCCGGACCAAUUCACUUGGGAAGCUUACGAAGAUAGUCAGUUCCAUUCCCCCUUGCACCCUGGGAAAACACCGUACCUGUAUGAAGCGCAUUGGAGACUGACCUUCUCAGAUUUUAUGGCCGAUAUCCCCGCAACAGGAGCAUUCGCUGCGGAAUUCAUGCUCCCGGACACACCGGGGUCGUCUUCGGCGAUGAGCACGUCCAUGGCGGAUGUGCUGCUGGCUAACACGGCCGAUUUGGACGAAGCGGGCAGUCUGAGAUGA